AUGGAUAUCUGCAUCUCCACUCAAGUCCUGGGAAUGCACCUACUGCUUUUUCUUUCAUACAUAAUUGGUCCUAGUAUGGCAGAACAAGAAGUUGAGAAUCUCUCAGGGCUGUCUAGUAAUCCUGACAAAAAUAUCUUUGCAAUUCGAGAAAAUGGGACAACCUGUCUGAUGGCAGAAUUCUCAGCGAAGAUACUUGUUCCUUAUGAGGUCCCCGCCAGUAAUGAAGUGGAUUGGAAUGUGGAAGACGCUGUUAUCCAGUUACCCAGAGAUACGGAAAUAAAGGGGAAAUGCUGGAAUAAUGAGUCUGAACUGCAUUUAACGUGGUCAGACAAAUCCUGCACGCUGAAAUUAUUCUUCAUUAAGGAUGAUUCUACAAAAUCCAGUGGAGGAAACUGGAAAAUGAAUAAAAUUCAGUUCAUGUAUGACUUAUCCGACCGCGCAAACUUCAAAAAUGGUGCAAGACCUGGGAAGCACACGGCCAGUCGCUAUAAUUUGUCUCUCAUGGUCACACCAGUUGGCAUGUCAUAUGAAUGUGAGGCCUCUGAGAAACUCAGCCUGACCUCCACAGACCAGAAGAAAACUGUGGUCUUGUACCUGUCUGAAGUCCACAUUCAGCCAUUUGACAUUAAGAGCGACUUUCUCUACAGUGAAGAUUACAGAUGCCUUACAGAUCAGCAAAAACAACUGGAAGAGACAUUACCUCUAAUUUUAGGCAUAACCUUAGGAGUGGCCAUUCUGAUCAUUCUGGCAGUAUAUCACGUGCAUCAUAAAAUGACAGCCAACCAAGUGCAAAUUCCACGAGACAGAUCUCUAUAUAAGCACAUGGGAUAG